AUGAGAUCGUCCGUGGUCAGAAGAGUCUUAAUUAAGACUGCGUCGAUCACAAAUGUAAAGGUAGGAUAUUAAAUGCUCUUAUAUUUACAGAAACUUUUUUUAGGGUAUGUUCGGCAAUGAAAAGCUCAGAUGUCCUCAAGACUUCGAGAAGGUCACAGAUAAUGUGAUUAGAGAAUCGGAGAUGUUGGUGGGGGAGAUAGUAAAGCCAUAUGAGUCUAGGAAACUGAAGAAACCCUCGGUUCAGCUACUUGACGACCUCUCAAAUACGAUAUGCACUGCUGCUGAUUUGGUAAGACGUCUUUAACAGACAUGGCAACCAGUCCGGGCCUUCGGAAGUUUGGAUGUUUUCAUGUUUUUUCUUGCAAAGAUUCAGCGGACUUACGCAGGGCAAAAAUUAGUCUAUCUUUCAUUUGGGGCAGAUCGGGUAUUUGCCCAAUAUGUAUAGCCAAUGUUGCAAAAUAGUUUAACCAGCUAACCAAUGAGUUGAAAUGACAUCCCAAUAUUCUAAAUAACUAGCGAAAACCCUGAAUUGGCUAUUCCAAUGUUUUGGCUAGCCAUUUUCGAGACUUCAAAGCCUCCAUUAUGACCCCUAAAUCGAUUAUUUGUGAAAAAAGUUUGGAAAAUUACUGUUUUACAGUACUAAAGAAAAAAAGUAACAAUCAAAAAAAUAAUAUGAGUUUUGGAAUCAGCGCCAUCGGUUAAAAUUGUCAAAUUGUCUUUUUCUCUAUUUGUCGCUCCCGGACACUUUGGCAGUCAUUUUAACUCAUUGGCUAGCUGGUAAAACUAUUGGCCCUACCUACCAUCGCGAAAAUUCAUCGGGCGUGAAAUUCGUGAGGAGCAAAAAAUUUGCGGUUUUCCAGAGCAGAUUUUUGAUAUGCGAUAUUAGAGUGCAAAUAACUCAAAAAUACUGCACAAAACAGUAAAAAGAGCGCGCAAAAAGCCCAGCCCGAUUGCCAUGAGUUUUAAUUAUGAUUAAUGUUGUUAUUUCAGGCAGAAUGUGUGAGAAAUAUGCAUCCUGAUGGGGAAUACAGAGAGGCCGGAAACAAUUCAAUAUACAGAUUGACAGAUCUCUUGGAGACGUGAGUUUCUUUUACCAUACUAAUGACCCACAAACGUAAGCCCGCAUCAUCAAAAGCAAUUUCAAAACCUAUUUUUAGACUGAACUCUAUGCCGGCACUCUAUCACUCAGUAUCCAGAUCGGAGAAAUCAGAAGCUUCCAUGUUGGAUUCGGUGGAUAAGAGGGCUCUAAGAUUAUUUCUUGAUGACUUUGAGCAAUGUGGAGUUCAUUUGAAGGAAGCACAGGUAACAUUUUUUAUUGUUUAUAUCGAAAUUUUAUUUACACUUUCGGUUUUGAAAAAGAAUAUGACUAUUCAAGAUGAAAAGCGCAGAGCCUCGCUUUCGCAAGCAAGGUCCUAAUUCGGUAGAGGAACCAUGAGUUCCGAGUUUUCGGACGCUGUUUUUCAACAGUCCUUUGAUGAUAAAGUCAUAAAAACUUUGCCAUUCGAAUGCCGGGAUCUUUGUGGAGACGUCGAAAGGAUCGUUCUUCGGCAGCAUCGCAUCCAUCAGAAUCCCUCUGCAAACAUAGUUAUGUAUUGCUUUAUACUGACGUAAACAACGGGAACCCGUCUUGUUUGAAGGCCGGGACAUUCUCCAGAAGUUUGUGGAGAGUCAGGGCAUAGUCCACUUCCCCCAGAACAUGUUUCUCUUUUCCUGAUAGUGGAUCCAAAUCCCUUUUGAAUACAAUCGAAGGCCUUGUUUUGCGUAGGUAACAUUGUCCGACCCUAGUUUGCAUAUCCAUCCCAUUCUCACAAGAUGUCCAAUUAUCCCAUUUAAAGUAAACUUCCAAAUUGAUCUUGUGUGUCAGUUUUUUGACGUCGUGAUCACGAAUCACUGGACCUUCCCAUUUAGUUACCGGGGUUUUGAUGUGGGAAACAUCUAGAUACUAUUCUAAGAUGGCGCAAUUUGUUGUAAUAUCACCUUGUCGUUACAUUCUCCGGCACAAAUUCCAUUCUUUUUGUCUUGAAUGAAGGUCGGAUAAGUUCUCCAUCGAUGGUAUUCAUCGAAAUGUUUGUAACUUUCUCUCUCUAGAAUUUCAUAUUCGGGUCUGAUGGUCCGCUGAUUUGCCGAGUCUACCAGUAUAGGAGUGUAAGGAAUAAGGUAAUAGAUAUAGUCGAGGUUAUCAGUCUUGUCAUAAUCAAAACAACGAUAGAGUCCGUAAGUUGCUGCUACACUCUGAAAAAUAAAAUAUGAAGAUACUGUAGCUCAAACUGACAUUGGUUAUGAUAAGAAACCCAUCUCUUUGGUAGGCAUGUGGAUUGGGACGGUGGAUAGGUGUUGCACUCGAGACUAAAAUGAAGAAUUCAUUAGCGGACAUAAGCAAAAACUUGCAUGUAAAUUCUGGCGUUAGCACGGGCCUUGGAGGCUUAGUAUGAAGUUGUUGAAUGGGUAACCAGUUCUUAUUCUUGAUAGUCAAAUGCAAUUUAUCGAUCUUGCCAGCUAUUUUUCGAUCCAAAAAGGCCCAAUUCUUGAUCUUCCCAUUGUUGGCCUGCUCCUCCUCACACACUCGGCACUUCAGUUUGAUUGUAUCUCCCGGCCAAUAGUAGACGGGCUCAAUAUAAGGACGUCUCUCCGGGUUAUUGCACUUUGGCUCGUAGUAUCCUUGGCCGAAAUCCAAUUUGAGAUAUUCUUUGAGGUCAUCUGGAAUGCCGGGAAGGGGAUCUUCUUUGUAUUGAGGAUCUGGGGCAGGGAACACCGCUGGAUAGUCUUCGUUCAUACUCUUUAGUUUAUAGAGUUGUUGAAAAUGGUUUACAACUUACGAGGCCGGGCCUGUAUUGAGGGGUAUUGUUUGGUUGAAUAGCAAGACAUCCACUUGCUAGAUAAAAAAGUAUCAGCCACAUUUUAUUAGGGCAAAUUAUCAAAAUAAUUUCAGCGAAAGGAAUUUGUCCGACUUUCGAGCAAAAUCUUCGAAUUGGGGAUGAAAUUCUGCGAACAGAGUGCAAGAUGCGAAAACGGGUACGUAAAGUUUGAUGCGGAGAAGGAGAAAAGGUUGAUGGAUUUGAUCGAGCAUCGACAAAAACUGGCCAGACUGACUGGAUUCAGGAGUUUUGCCGACCGAGCACAGCAACAUACAAUACUUGGAGGAUACGAUCAAGCCGUUCAAUUCCUUGAAUUGGUGACUAAAGUAAGUGUAUGAAAAAACUAAAAAUCAAUGUUUUAGAAAUUAAAACCAAUACUGGAUGAAGAACUAGAGGAUGUAUAUAAAGUAGCCGUGGAUAACAAACUGAUCUCUUCAAGAUCCGAACUUUCUCAUGCUGAUGUUGAGAUGGCUUCGAGAAUGAAACAACAGGCACUCUACAAACAGUAUGGAGAUCUCUCGAGAUUCUUGAGGUUUGGAGGAGUUUUGAAAGGAUUCGGAGACGUGUGUCAUGAUUUAUAUGGGAUCAAUUUGGAGAUUUCAAGACCGGAAGAACACGAGAUUUGGGAUGGCGAUGUGGUUAAGAUACAAGUUGAAAAGGGCCAUGAUUUCUUGGGAACAAUAUAUAUUGAUGCCGAAAGGAGAAAGUCCAAAAAUAUUGGCGAUUGCCAUUUUACUGUUCGAUGCUCAAAAUUAGUAAGGUGGAUCUAAUUGCAAUGACGGUAUUUGUAGUUAGAAGACGGAACAAAUCAAAAGCCGAUUGUAGUUCUCUCCCUGUCUUUCUUCGAUGGCAAUAGUCGUAAAAUGGGGUUAGAAGAUCUUUUGGAAUCCGUCACAAUUCACCCUCAACAUGCUGAGAAUAUGUUUCAUGAACUUGGUCAUGCCAUACAUUCAAUGCUUGGUGCUACCCGGUAUCAGCAUACAGCUGGUACGAGAUGUCCCACCGAUUUUGCUGAGGUCCCUUCGAAUCUAAUGGAGUUUUUCUUCAGUGAUCCGAGGGUAUGUUGUGUAAUAAGAUAAAAUGAUUAUUUCUCUUAGGUGCUGAAAAGAUUCUGCGAGGAUCUCAAGGGCUCGUUGUUUACUAAUGAGUAUGCUAAAGCGAUGCAUUCUUCGUUGAACAUUUACCCCACCCAUUUCCAUACUCAACAACUUCUCCUUGCUCUGUUUGAUCUUCAACUACAUCACAAUGAUUCCAGUUCACCAAUGCGUCUUUAUCAUGAGUUGCAUCAGAAUUUGUUUCCCAGACUGAUUCUACCGGCUGAUUACGCGUAUCAUCAAGGCUUUACCCAUAUUGUCACGUAUGGGGCCAAAUAUUACUCAUACACCAUAGCGAAAGCUUGCGCGUCACAGAUCUGGCAGAAACAUUUCGAAAAAGAUCCGUUCUCCAGAAUCUCCGGAGGGCAUUGGGCUGGGGUCCAAGCUCGAGGAGGUGAAAGGCCGUCAGCUGAACUGUUGGAACUUGCUCUGGGUACUAAAUUGAGUGUUGAAGAUCUGGCUGAAUCUUUUCGAAUGUAUUGCCAAGAACUACGGAGUAUUACGUGA